UACACCACCACUAUCUCUACAAACAAAGGCAAGCUUAAAGCUAAUACAAAAAGUAAAGGAUCUCUACUAUGUUAUAGAACACAUUGUCAUUUUUACACAUAGAUCACCAUUAAACACAAACCACAAAAUUAAAUAAAAUCUCAGCUCAGAAUCAGAUUCAUAAAUUGCUAUUGGUCUUGAAGAUGGAAGAUAAUGCAAGAACAAAGAUAGAGCUUAUGAAGCCAGUGUUGCUCAAGGCUGGAAUUCCUUUUGCUAUUUCUAUAGCUGGUUUGGUUCUUGCUAGGUUCACCUUAGGCCGAAAAGAUGCAGGUUUGAAGGACUCGGCUAAUGAAUCACAGUUUAAUGAUUCUCCUGAAUUGUGUAAUGAUCAGGAGAGCUGUCACGAUGAUCUUGAGAUUAUUGAGGGUGAUCAACAUUUAACAAACAUCCAUGACAUGUCUUCAUUAGACACGUUGCAUACUCAGACUAUACGCGAACUAGAGGAGGAGAUUGUUUGCUUAAAAGGCAAAGUAAAAGAUCUUGAAGGCAGGGAAUUGGAACUUAAAUUUCGGUUUCUUCAUUAUCUUGAAAUGAAAGAUCAAGAGAUGGAGCUUAUGGAGCUAGAGAAUUGUUUAUCCUUAGAAAUAGUGAAGUCAGAGUAUUUGGAUAGGGAGCUGUUAUCAAUGGAGGCAGAAAUUAAGAGGUUUGAGGGCAUGGUGAUAGACUUUCUGAAACUGUCGCGGCAGAUUCAGAUUUCUAUAUUGGAAAAUAAGGUGCUUUAUAGAAUAAUUAGAAGGCUUUUAAGAAAAGCAGAAGAAAUGUCCCAUGUUCUGCAAAGAAAGAACAGGGAGACUGAAGCUGGACAUGCAGAGAUAUCGCGGAAUCAUGAAGAACUAAGUAGAAGAGAAGAUAGGAUCAGUGUCUUGGAAAAUAAACUUUUAGAGAUGAAACAUGUUACAGAGAAGCAGGAGGUGGAGAAUCAUGAACUUCUCAGCAAGCUGAACUUAGCGGAGAAUUCAGCUUCCUUAAAGAAUGAAGAGAGGGCUGCACUGGAAGGUUAUAAUCAAUUAGUAAAUGAGUUUGAGCAGCUGCAGAGGGACCGAGCAGCUGAAGUUAAAGAACUUGUUUAUCUGAGGUGGAGUAAUGCGUGCUUGAGACACGAGCUAAUUAGGAGGAACCAACAAGGAGAAAAUGUGGAAGCCAAAAAUAGCCAUCAAGUGGAGUUGUGCUAUGAAGAGGACGGAUUAGAGGGCGAAUCAGAAAGUUCUGUUAUUUUAGAUGAUCAGGGAGAAUCAAGCUUAGAAAGCACAACUCCUAGCCGUGAUCAUGCUCAUGCUCAUUCCAAAAGGCUCAAGUUAAUAGAGAAGUUCAAAAGAUGGGUGGAAGGAAGUGAGAAAACAAAGAGAAAAUCGGAGCAAAAGAAUCAUGGUGAAGUGGUCAAGUGCCUUGGAAAGCAUAUGGUGUCUGAUGGUGCAGAUGAGAUACAAGUCAGUGCUAGAAAUUCUUGCUCUAGUGCAUGUCAUAAUAGCCCGAAUGUUAUGAACUCAACUUAAAGAUCAUCCUGCCUGGUUCCUACUAGGUAGUAAAUUGGAUCCAGAAGUAACAAAAAGGAUCUGUUACCUCUCCUCAAAUAAACCGGUUAUGACAAAUGACAAUCAACAGAAAAUAAUACAGCAUGUAUCUAUGUAACAAUAACAAUUGUUGUAAAUUCAUUAAUAUUUGUAUUUGGUCCCUGGUAAUCUAGUAUAUCGGUGUCAUUUAAGAUUUAACACAAAUUAUGUUCUUGCUUUUUAUGCUAAACACAUAUGUUCUAAAAACUUAAAUACAAUGUUCUUCUAAUUUA